UUCGAUUCAGUCUAGUUGUGGUAGCCGGAUUUGUAGGGCGUCGAUCUUGUUGUUCCGUCGCGCGAUUUCCGGAUUUCCAGUAGAUCGAAAUUGAAGUCCAUCUCGUGAUUUUCCGAUUUCAGAACUGAUCUGGUUGAGUUGUGAAGUUGUGCAUCUAGAACCAGAAUAUUAGCGCGUACAAGGCAAUUUUUGUGUAGCUCAACAGUAAAGUGCCGGGUUUGUUUCAUUUUUUUAGUACAGUGUUUAAAACUUUGGAAAAGCGUCAAAAGUUGUAUUUCAUCAAGUGGUUUUCUUCACUUCAGUAAAAUUGAUGAAUAAGUGAUUUUUCAAAAACAUAUCAGUCAUUCAUUAAAACACCUACUUUUAAAGAAAUUUGAGCAAUUUUACAAAACUGUCAAUCGAUCCUCCAUUGUAUGAAUCUCAGUGAAAAUUCUAACUAUACUUCCAAAUUGUUAUCAGGUUCUCAUGAUGCAAUAGCAGACUGUUGAUUACAGCAUUGUGGGAAGUUUCGUUGUAGUUCGCUUUGAUAAGGAUAAGAAAUGCAAUCCACCCUCAAACUAAAUAUCCUAUUCAUUUGAAGAUAAACAUGAUUUAUUUGAACUAAACUGAUAACAAAGAGUGGUUUUGGUAUAAUAUUAUGUUUCAAGUAGUGUUACUUUGCUGAAACUCGAUGCCAGAUGAGUUCUGUGCUGCUCAGAUAUUGGGUUUGAUUGCAUAAUUUGGACUAUUGCUGAUAGAUAAGGAGUUUUUCCAAAGAAAUAGUUUUUACUGUGAAAAUAGGAGCUUCCAGUGUUUAGGCCUACACACAUAAAUUUGAAUUUGAAGAUAUCUCGGUCCUUUUGAUAGAUUCUUGAACUAUUAUUCAACGUCAAUGGUUUAUACAAUAAUAUAAAUGCAAUGUUAUCUACACAUUCUUUGUUGUUGGCUUUGUAUUACAGUACUGAAAUCUACGUCUGAUGUUUAUUGAGUGAAGGAUUGGACCAUUGAAUUAGAAGCACCAUACAUAGCGUACCAUCUGAUAUUCGAUUUCUACUGUUAUUCGUUCUUGAACUGUAAUUCGUGGUCAAUUGUUUCUACAGUAAUAUAGAGGAAAUAAUAUUAUCCUACACAUUCUUUGUUGAUGGCUCUGUAUUACUGAAAUCUACCUCUGAUGUCUGUUGAGUGAAGUAUUGUGCCAUUGAAUUAGAAAAACCAUACAUAGUCCUAUCGUACAUCUAAUAUUCAAUUUCUACUAGUUCUCUCCACCGUAAAUUGUUUCAUGUGUUAAAAUUUGCGACUUAUUUGUGUUCACCGACUGUGCUCUAGAAAGAAUGGGAUCUGAAUCAUCAGUUGUCAAUAGUGUUGUUUGCUUUACCGGCUGCACAAGCAGCAGUCUAUCAUGGCUGCUGGGUUGAUUGGUUGUGUUGUGUCGUGUGAAAAGUGUUGUGAAACAUGCUGUGGACCAGCUACAUUCACCCGAAAGCGACCGCCGAGGUUGACCUGGCCACUCCGCCUGCCCGGGGCGGCAGGUCCGCCUCUUCCGGGGGCGGCGGAAGCAUCCGCGGCUUCCUCUUUCACUGCCCCUGCACGGGGGCGGCUCUGCAGCCCAACUCCAUGUCCACUUGGUAUGUCAAGCAACCGACUUGGAGACUCUGGGGGGAAGAGCGCACUGAUGGAGCAGUAUUCACUGUCUAUCUGAAGAAAGUUCGCUAUCACCGCCCUACAAAAAGUAUUUCAUCUGUGAGUAUUAACCCAGCCAUCACACGUUUACAUUUGUAUGAACAACUGGCCAACAAUGAAUUAGACCUCCCUGAAUCAGUAACUGAACAACACAGAAAAACUCUAGUCCUGGCGCUGCACGUAUGGUUAGAUUCCUAUCCUGAAGACUUCAGGGAUCCUCCACUCCAUACCACUCUGUAUCAGCUGCUCUACUUUGCCCAAACGCAUCUUCCAGAAUCGGAGCUGCAGCUAAAAGUCAAACACAAGCUUGAUCGUUUCACACGGGACGAUCAAAUGUUUGAUAACUGUUCAUUGUUUCCUGCCGAAGCUCUUUGUAAUCAACUAAAUGGCUCUCAUAAUGUUCCAUACAAUUUUCCUGAUGUACCUGAGAGACACUUCGCCGAACAGCUAACACGCAUGGACAUGGAGCUGUUCAAAAAGGUGGUGCCACACCAGUGCCUGGGCGGGAUCUGGUCGCGGCGGGACAAGUCGCGCAGCCAGGAGGCGGCCACAGUGCUGGCAACUGUCAACCAGUUCAACGCUGUCUCCCUGCGAGUCAUCAGCACCACCCUCAUGGACCCGGACGCACGGCCUUCGCAGCGCGCCAUCACCAUUGCCACCUGGAUAGAUGUUGCUCAGGAAUUGAGAGUACUGAAAAACUUCUCCUCCUUAAAAGCUAUCAUAUCCGGCUUACAGUCAAAUCCUGUUUAUAGGUUACAGAAAACAUGGCAAGCUUUACCUAGAGAUAAGAUAGAGUUAUUCGAAGAGUUAGCCAGGAUAUUUAGUGAAGAUAACAACCAAUGGGCACAGCGAGAGCUGUUGAUGAGAGAGGGCACUGCCAAAUUCGCUGACACGGUUGGCGAGAAUGAUCGACAACUGCAGAAGGUCAUACAGAAGCAAGCGCACAAUAGUGGAAAUAUUAGUCAUGGUACCAUCCCUUACCUGGGCACUUUCUUGACAGACUUGACAAUGAUAGAUACAGCCAUUCCAGAUACCCUCUAUGAGGGACUUAUUAACUUCGAUAAACGGAGAAAAGAAUUCGAAGUUUUAGCUCAGAUAAAGCUGCUGCAAGGUGCUGCUAACGCAUAUAGUAUUCAUGAAGACUAUUCGUUCGAUCGUUGGUUCGACUCCAUAUUAACGUUGGAUGAUCGAGAGGCUUACCAACUCUCGUGUCACAUUGAACCCCAUGGUGUUCCACUUCCUUCUUCUAUUAUCUCUAGUACAACAACCUCUAUUAAUAAAUAUAAGAAACGUCCAGCGCUGGGACAUAGGAAAAAUGAUUCAAUAACUAGUACUUCGAGCAGCUCAAGCAGCCAAUUUUAUUAUGAUCUGAGUAUCGAUAGUUCCCCCUCUUCUCCUCAUGAUUCUCUUGACAGAAAAGCAUCUCCGUCGCAGAUGUCAUCUUCGUCGAGCAGCUCGUCUCUGGACGUGUCGGUGAGCAGCAACAACACCAGCAGCAUGUCGGCCGGUAACAGCAGCACGGUCACCCGCUCUCCCGCCCAAGUCACGCCCGACUUCUAUAUCAUCAAAGUUACUUAUGAGACUGAUUCUGUAGAGACCGAAGGUAUUGUACUAUAUAAAAGUAUUAUGCUUAGUAAUAAUGAAAGAACGCCGCAGGUCAUUCGUAAUGCAAUGCUCAAGUUGGGACUCGAAGGAAAUCCCGACAGUUACACUUUGGCUCAAGUUCUUCCUGACAAGGAAAUGAUUCUACCACCAAACGCGAACGUGUACUAUGCAGUGAAUACAGCUUAUAAUUUGAACUUCAUGCUCCGGCCAAAGACACAAUCCAUCACACAGAUCCAGACCAACGAAUCUCAGAGGUCAUCAAAUAGCAAGAAAUUUUCAUCUCCAACUUCAUGACAAAACCUCCGGUAUCCAUAAUUUAAUUUAUUUCAACACUAGCUUCAACUCUUCCUUAUUUCGAGCUCUUGCCUUCGCCAUUCAUAAAAUGAUUGGUUUAGAAUCACAUUUUAAUUGUGAAAAGCUGGAUGGAAUUGUAAUGAAUCAUUAUUAUUUUAUUCUAUCAAUUCUCAGUAUCCCUUCAGUUAUUAGACUGAAUAGUUUUUUCAACUAGUACGCUUACAAGAAUUAUUUUUUUGAUGGAAAACUUUAAGGACUAGAAUCCUAUUUUUCCACUGUAAGGCGUUCAAUAACAACUAUAAACAAGUAUUAACGAAUAAUUCUGAUUGUGUCUGGCUUUGAUUCCGUGGCAUAAUGUUUAUCACCUUGUAGCAUUUUGUCACCUUUACUCAUACAAAGUUCUUGAAGUUUUCAAUUUUUACAAAAGAGCUAAUUCAAUUCUUUGGCAGUUCAAAUUCCUUGAAAAGUUCAGAAUGUAUAGAAUAAAUCAUGCCUCAUAUCCCUGAACCAGAAUUAUGAACAUCUUACCUUAUUCAAAUUCGAAUACUUUGAUAUGCUUCCCUCUCAAUUACUCGUUGUAGUUGAAAAUUCAUAAAAUGCUCAAAUCUUGUUGGCAAAAACAUUAAAAUUUCAAGACUUGAAUAUCUACUCUCAAAUCUGUUUAUCAUAAAAUAUGUUUUGGCUACAUCGAAACAUCAUAGAUGUAGAUGAAUAUUGGCAACUUUUGACUUGAAACAUCUUCAAGAAAAUAUCUUCUUCAAAUAAAAAUGGUUGAAAUCCUCGAGAGAAUAAUAUUUUCGAAGAAAAAUAGCAUGAUGAAAUUAAGGGCUUUUGUGAUAAUAAGCUGUAAGUUUUCAGCCUUGAGCGAAUCUCACAAAUAUGCUACCAGUCACAUAUAAAACAUUUUAGAAUGGUCAAGUUUUAAUAUAAUUUAGAAAGUGAAUAAAUUGAAUUAUUCACUAUCAUUAUAAUAAUCUUCCAACAUUCAAUCUUUUAACCAAAUAACUCCAUAGGUUGGUUUUAUCCAAUUACUUCAAGAACUAAGCGUCGAUAACUUCAGUAUUAUUAUAGUGUUAACUCAUAGUUUAUUGUAAAAUGUAGUAAUCUUUAAGGGCACUUGGAUAUCUAUUUAGCAGCUUUCGAAGAAUAAAUUUUAAACAUUUGAGUAGCGGUAACAAUAUAAUAUAAACCAUUGUUCUAUUGUUACUAUAUCCUAGAAAGGAAAUAAUAGAUUAUUUUUUCGCAGUGCUGUAGCACUAAUAGAAUAAGAAAUUAUAUUUUUUCGAUAACUGUGAAUUGAUUUUUUUAAAAAUUGUAAACAUUUCUACACAUUUAGGUAUUUUACACUCCUUAAAGAGAGAUUGUGGUAGGAGGAGGCUAGAAGACUAAACCCCUAGUGAGUUCCACCAUCACAUGUAUAACCUUUUGGCGAGCGUUAUCUGCAUUUCAUGGAGCGUAUUUGCUGCUGUCACCAUUUUAACGUGACUGGAUUCUGUUAUUCUCUCAUGGUGGUGUGAAUGUCAUGACCACCAGAA